AUGAACACUUUAACUACACUUCCUAUAGAACUUUAUCCUGUCAUUUUUACUCAUAUACCACUUCGCGAUUUACAUUAUAACCUUUCUAACACGUGUAAACUCUUUCACUCCAUAAUACCUCAUUACAUUAUUUUCACUCUUAAUAAGGUUUUACUUGAAAAUCAAAAAUUCGCCAAUUAUUUACCUAAGGUAUCAAUAGAAAAUAAUUCUUUAUUGAAAAUAACCUUGGUUGCGAAGAAUGAACCAAUUGAAGUUUACCCUUGGAAGAUUAGGAUGGAAUGUACGGAAAUUGAUCGAAUAAUCAAAAUGCUAGGUCAAGUGGUUAAAAUCAUUGAAAGGAAUCGUGCAAAAAUUCUUGAAAGAAAUAAAGAUCGAACGAAGAGAGGAAGUUUAAGGUUUCAACUUAAGAUCCUCUGUAUAAAGUGGUGA